AUGUUUGCUCCAGUCAACACCAGCUUCCUUCGAAUGUACGACACCAUGAAAUCACUAAACCUUGGAGACUGUCCCUUCGGAGGCCGAUGCCAAUUUUUGCACAAAGAGGAUGGACCAGUCUACCUGAAAGCCGUGGAUAUUGAAAAGAAGAAGGAUGCACAUAGCAAGAAGGUGCAAGCGCUUCAUACUCUCUUAAAAAAGCUGCACCCAGAAGGUUCCCAGAAAGCCCUGGACGUUGAGGAGGAGAUCAACAAGACGGUUCGCGAAUACAACGAGACAAAGCCAAGAGGAGAUCACUAUUAUGAUCUACAUGGGGUGACGAGAAAUGGGGCUGAGGCGUACAUCGAGGAAAUUGUCGUGGAGAUGAAGAAAAGCCUAGUGAAGAGAGCAUCGAUCGAGACGGGUUGUGGAAAACAUUCUAAGUGGAAUAUCCCGACUAUUAAAGAUCUUUUGAUUGCUAAGAAUUCUAAUGAUAUUCGUAUUUCUUGUGAUCAGUGGAAUCCAGGAAUUCUUAUUUUGACUAUUCUGUAA